UUUGACGAUCGGGGGAGCUUGGCCCUUGGAAUCGACGUACAUUCGAUCGAGCAUCUGGAUCGUUUAUCUUACGAUUCACGUGGGCAUGCAGUACGCCGAAUUGUAUGCGAACAUCGGCGACCUCGAGCUCCUUGUCAACAGCGCGGUCGAAUCCGUUUUUCAAUCGAUGGUCCUCGCCAAACUCGUCAUCAUACGAUACAGCACCACCCUCCGGAAACUCAUCGUUGCCAUCCACGAAGAUUAUGCAAUCGAAAACUUCGACAGUCUCGAAGAAAGACAAAUUUAUCUGAAGUACAACAAUAUGGCGAAAUUUUUUUACAAAAUCACGAUACCGACCAUUUCAGCAGGAUCGCUCAUGUACUACGUCGUACCGUUGGAACAUUUUUUACGUACGAUGCACAGGAAUGAUACAAAUCCGUUCGUUCUUCCGUUCGGUACGCGUCUCUUCUUUGAAAUCAACGACUCGCGUACCUACCUCAUGGUGUACGCGUAUCAGUCUCCGAUGAUUUACGUCCUCGUGUGUCACAGCGCUUGGUUUUGCCUCUUGACCACUAUGGUGUUUCAUAUUUGUGGACAAUUAGCAAUCGUGGAAUACAGAAUAAGAACGAUCAGAGUUCCGCUGCUCAAUGAAACUGACGAUAGCAACGCGGUCUUUCGACGAAUCGCUCAAAAACAUUUGAGGGCUAUCUGGAUGGCCAAGUCAAUGGAUGAUGCCUUCAACUUGGUCCUUUUGCAGGAUCUUGCCGGAAGCACUUUGUUACUCGGUCUCACAUCUUACCUCGUUAUUGUGCGAACGCAAACGAGUUUCCUAGUAUUUUGCCUUUCCAUGGUUUGUUCAGUGACGAUGCUGUGUUUGCUGUACGCUUAUUGCAUCGUAGGAGAGUGUCUCAUAGAAGAGAGUACGAAAAUUCACGAGGCAUAUUAUCAGUGCAACUGGUACGAAUCUUCAAUGAAUUUUCGAAAGUGUCUGAUUAUUUCGAUGGGAGCUACUCAGGAAGCACUUCACUUGUCUGCUGGCAAGACGUACAUAUUUUGUCUGAAUGGAUUUACAGACGUUUUGAGAUCUGCAAUGGGGUAUCUUUCGCUACUGCGAAAUUUCGCCACAACGAUUCAGGGUUUUAAGAUAAUGCAUUCCUCUUAUGCAAAUCACGUAUCGAUCAAAUAUUCUCUCCGGACCGACUUGAAGAGUGUUCGGGAAUUGUAUGGUUGGAACAAACGUGUGCUGUCGAUCGGUGGCAUGUGGCCAUUGGAGAAAAGUUUCAUGAAAUUUUACAUAAGCUACUUGUAUCUCGCGUCACACUUUGUCAUGGCAGUUUGCGAUUUCGUAAGCGUUUUCGGUGACAUUACACUCAUGAUAGCAAAUCUUUCGGAAACCUCGGUACAAGCUAUGGUUGGCGUUAAAAUGUUGGUGCUGAGGUACUCCAGUCCGUUAACGAAUAUCGUAAAACAAAUCGAGGCUCGCUCGAAACAAGACAGUUUUAGGGAUGAGAAAGAAAAAUGUUUGUAUCUCGAGUACAUUAUGAUUGGGAGAUCAUUUUUUCUCACUGGCAGCUACGUUGCCAUCGCUGCUGUCAUCAUAUACCAUUUGAAGCCAUUCGAAGACAUCAUAAAAGCUGUUCUGCAAAAUGAAACGAUACCAUUUAUUUUGCCUUAUCGGAUGCGUCUUUUCUUCAGCAUCCCAAAUACGCGCACAUACGUACUUUUGUACCUAUCGCAGUCGCCCAUGCUUUAUUAUUACUACUGCCACACCGCAUCGGUUUGUUUUCUGUGCACCUUGAUCGUUCAUGUCUGCGGCGAAAUGUCCAUUCUUGCUUAUCGAAUCAGAAACAUCGAUGCAUCUGAGUCGUCCAAAGAUUACUCCAAACCAGAAAUUGCGUUUCGCGAUGCCACCAUUAAGCAUCAAAAAAUCAUAAGAACCGCCGAAGCGAUCGACGAGGUCUUCAACGUCGUUUUAUUAGAGGAACUUAUAACGUCAACUAUGCUAAUCGGACUGGCAGCCUACAGCGUUCUCUCGAAGUCUCUCAUGGUAUCCAUGUCCGAAUUUUUUUUCUUCGUCAAUUAUACCCUCGCUCUUUUUUUGUUGCUCCUCGUCUAUUGCAUCACCGGUGAAUUUCUCAUAAGCGAGAGCAAGAACGUUCAAAACGCAUUUUACGAGUGUCGAUGGUACACGUUUUCGUCAAAAUAUCAAAAACACAUGCUCAUGGGCAUGGCUCGAGCUCAGACACCCCUGAGAUUGACGGCUGGACAGUUUUAUGUGUUUUCUCUCGACAGGUACAGCAGUAUUCUCAAAACUGCCGGAGCUUACGUAUCGAUGUUACGUACCGUUGUAUGAAAGUCUCAAGUAAUAGAUCCCUUUUGAAAAUGUCUGAACGUUUGCAAUUAAACAUACAGUCUUGGCAAUGUUUCUCCGAUUGUUGACAGACGCAAAAAAAAUAAAUUUAUAUGAUUUUCGGAGCAUACAAUUCAAAAAUAC